AUGGACAUGGCGAUCACUAGCAAAUGUGCUGUGGUGGAUAACGCUACGACAGCGACCGCAGUAACGAUGGCGAUGGAUUUCGAGAACAACGGCCUCAAGCAGGGAGGGAGUCAGUCACCGCAGACUCAGUUUGGUGACCAAAGUAGUCGGCUUCCACAAAGGACCAUUAUCACUAUCUUCCUCGCCUGCGCCACCGUCGACCUCGUAGCGCUCAUCGAUCAGACAUCGCUCGCUGUGGCGCUUUCUACGAUCGGGAGUGCGCUGAAUUCGAAUAGCCAGACCAGUUGGAUAGCCUCGGGGUAUUUCAUAACAUCCACCUCGUUUCAGCUCCUCUAUGGCCGGCUCUCGGACAUCUGGUCUCGCAAACACGUCCUAUAUACCGGCCUCGCGCUGUUCUUCCUCGGCUCCCUAGCCUCCUCAUUCAGCACCUCCGUCAUCCAGCUGAUCGUGUUCCGCGCUGUCACUGGUAUUGGCGGAGGCGGGCUAAUGACAGUUGCGCAGAUUAUUGUGUCGGACGUGGUGAGUUUGAGGGAGAGGGGUCGGUACCAGGGCAUUUUGGGUGCAGUGGUAGCCCUCUCAAACGGUGUAGGGCCCUUGAUAGGAGCGGCACUCGCGUCGGCGUCCGCGGGUGGCUGGCGAUGGAUCUUCCGCCUCAAUCUCUUCACGGCGGCUUUGACAACGGCCUGCUGCCAUUUCUUUAUGCCCUUGAAAAAGACCCAAGGACAUUGGAAAGAGAAAUUAAAGGCCGUUGAUUUCUUCGGUGCAGGGCUUACUCUGCUCGGUUCAACACUCCUGAUUCUUGGCCUAACCUGGGGCGGAAGCCACCAAUCAUGGAAUGCACCAGUCGUGGUCUCGUCUCUAGUACUUGGUUCCCUCUCCAUCAUCGCGUUUAUAGCUUGGGAAUGGAAAGGCACAAAACAUCCCUUGGUACCGAUGCACAUCUUCAAAUUCCGCAUGGUCAAUGGCGCUUGUCUUACCAUGGCCAUUAACGGCUGGUUAUUCUUGACUCAAAUUUACUAUAUCCCGACGUUCUAUCAACUCGCAUAUGGAUAUUCGCCCAUCAAAGCAGGAGCUUUGUUGCUACCGCUGACUCUAGUUCAGACUUUUAGCAGUACUCUCUCAGGUUUGAUUGUUACUUGGCGCGGUCGUUACAGGGAAAGUAUCUUAAUCGGCUGGAUACUAUGGACAGUUGGGCUUGGUCUCUUCUCGACACUCGACGCGCAUUCGGGUCUUGGCAAGCAAAUUGGCUAUGCGGCUUUGACAGGUUUCGGUGUUGGACAAACCCUCCAACCAUCUCUCAUCGCUAUUCAAGCGGGCGUCAAGACGGAGGAUAUGGCUGUAGUUACUGGCACACGGAACUUCGUUCGCAACCUCGGUGGCACCUUUGGCCUCGCCGUCGCUGGCACAAUCAUUAACACCUGCCUCCUCAACGCCAUCUCCUCACCCACGCUCGGCCUAUCCUCAACUGAAAUCGAUGCCAUCCUCAAUGCCCCUGCCUCCAGUGGCAGCGUUCUCUCCUCCUUCAGUACCACGCAAAGAGCGGAUGUCUCCGCUACAAUUCUCGCAGCCUACCAGCGGGGAUUCCGCAUUAUCUUCCUUGUAGGCGCGGUGCUGGCUGCAUUAUCAUUUUUUUUUGCAGUGUUUUUGAUGCCGCAGAUUCAAAUCAAGCAUGAGGAGAAGGAGGGGGAUUUGUCGUCCAACACGGUAGAAGAAGGUGAAGGAGGCAUUCAAGGAACUGGGAGUAAUGUGUUUGUGGCAGGUGAUGUAGAGAGAAAGGUGGAAAAGGAGGCGGAGAAGAUGCAUAGUACCUGACGCACCAGAUUAAGCUAAGGCUGGAUCAGACUGGGGAUCUUUCAGCAUGGUUGUUUCAAGCAUAUUUCUUGUGCAUUCAAAUGGACUAUAGAGUAAUACGAACUAGAGUAGAUAAAAUCAGC